CCAGAGCGACCAGAGAUCACAGGGUUCACAAAGCCAGCCAUGGAGGGAGAUGAGAUCACUCUGAUCUGCACCACAUCUGGCAGCAAGCCUGCGGCACACAUCCGCUGGUUCAGAAACGACAAGGAAGUAACAGGCACUAAGGAGGUCAACGCCACAGGGAAGUCAUUCACAGUGAAGAGCACUCUGCAGCUGCAGGUGGAUCAGAGUGAUGACGGGGUGGCCUAUACCUGCAGUGUGGAGCACGUGUCUCUUUCUUCCAACCCUUACCAGGUCACAGAGGUCCUGGAGGUCCAUUACGCCCCCCAUGUGGAGAUUUCCCACUCCGUGAUCAUCCCUCAGGAAGGACAGUACUUUAAGCUGGAGUGUGUCUCCAAAGGGAACCCACUACCAGAGCCAGUGUUGUGGUCUAAAGAUGGAGGGGAGCUGCCUGAUAUAGAGAGGAUGAUCGUAGAGGGCAGGGAACUCACCAUCACCGCCCUCAACAAGACAGACAACGGCACAUAUCGCUGUGAGGCCAGUAACUACCUGGGGACUAGUGGAGCUGAAUAUGUCCUGUUUGUAUACGCCAAAGACUUACCAGAGCCCACCACAGAUCCCAAUGCACCAGGACAGCAGGACCCUGACCAUGCAUUAAUUGGAGGUGUUGUGGCUGUGGUUGUGUUCAUCACCUUGUGUUUGAUCAUAGCUCUGGGGCGGUAUCUGGCUAGGCAUAAAGGGACGUACCUAACACACGAGGCUAAAGGAUCCGAGGAUGCCCCUGACGCAGACACGGCCAUCAUCAACGCAGAGGGGAACCACGCAGCAGAGGAGAAGAAAGAGUACUUCAUUUAGAGCUUUCCGUUUCGUCCCGUCUCCUUUAUGUUUCCACCUCUGUUCUUCUUUCUGUCUGAUUUGUUUCUUUCACCAGAGGCAGGGGCGGACUAGGACCAGAUAUCGGCCCGGGCAUUUCAAACGCAUCAGCCCAUUUGUUUCCUUGAGGCACCCACUAUUAAGCAAUUUUUUUUUUAUUUUUUAUUCUGGCCCACUGGCAUUUGCCAGAAUUGCCCUAUGUCCGGUCCAUCUCUGCCAGUCGACCAACACAGUCUGCAGUUGGCUCAGUGCUGCUGGGGCAGGAACCAGUUCUUAGUCCCCUCCACUCCUCUCCCGAAAGAGAAAGCUCAAGUUUGGUUUUACUGGUCGGUUUUAACAAGCAAAUCGAUAAAAAUGCUGCCUUGUUUUUACUGCAAGUGUACUCCGCUACUUGUACUCAGUGUUUGAAAAAGAGCAGAUCCUGUUUCAGUCAAGUUUUUAACACCCAAACCUUUGUUAGUUGUCAUGUUUUAUUUGACAUUUCCUAAAUAUACAGACCGUUUUCAAUCUGCUUCUGACACGUUUGUUUAAACUCUUUUUUGGGGUGGGGGGGAUUUUGUGUCCCCUACUCCCCUCACCAUCCCUGUUAUAUACCUUUUGCAUAUAUUUCUAUCAGGAAGCGGAAAGAAAUGUGCUUCACCUGACUCCGGAAAACACUGGCUUAUGCCGAUAAUUAUGCUUUUCUGAGAAGAAUAUGUGAAAUGUAUCAAUGUGAACGACGUGAUGGGGCUUAGUUGCAACUGUAAAAAUGGUAUUGGGUAUGAGAGGCACACAAUUAGGCUCUCAUGUUGUGGAAAACGAUGGACGUACAAAAAAAAACGGAAUAGUUCUUGACACACACAAAAAAAAAACAAUGUUAAAAAAUAAAAUGUUUAAAAAAAAAUAAAAGUUGAAUUAAAAAACAAAAAUGAAGCACAAUCCGUAUGAUUGUUUCUGUUCGAAUGUGGAUAUUAUAUGAUAUCCUCUUUUAGCUUUAUUUGUAUAUUAGUAUAGGCCAUAGUCUCAUCUCAUAUAGAAAGAAACCACAGAGAGAAUCAAAUGUAUAAUAAAAGCACAAAACAGAGAAAUACUUCUGCAAUUCUGCAAUUCAUUAUCUCAGGAUUCAAUACGAGUCUAAAUUCACUGAUGUUUUUAAGACCAAUUGAUUGGAGAUUUGGGGGAACCAGGAUUCAAUGUGGCUGCGGGUUGUCAAGGGCCGUUCGACCCGAAAAUCGUAUUCACAGUAAACGCUGCAGGUGGGGAAUCAAGGCAGAGGUUUUUACAGCUGAUGUUUGUCAGACCAGGAGACAUUCCCGGGAAAAAAAAAUGGGUUUCUUCUCGCUAAACAAAAAUAAAAAAACGUCUUUAGCGUCCGAACGGUUGGGACCUGCUAACUCCGUUCUGCUCGUCUGAAAAGGUAACCCAUAAAACUGAAUGCUAGUAUGGUUAAGUGCCAACAAAUAUAAGGAGAUAAAUAUGUGUCAAAAUAAAUAAAAAUAAAAAUAAUAAUAUUUCCAGAACUUUCUUAAAUAAGUCUCCUAGAUAUAGGACAGACAACCUUAUUCCUCAUGAUCUCCACCCGGCACAGCCAGAAGAGGACUGGCCUCCCCACAUAGCCUGGUUCCUCUCUAGGUUUCUUCCUAGGUUUUGGCCUUUCUAGGGAGUUUUUCCAAGCCACCGUGCUUCUACACCUGCAUUGCUUGCUGUUUGGGGUUUUAGGCUGGGUUUCUGUACAGCACUUUGAGAUAUCAGCUGAUGUACGAAGGGCUUUAUAAAUAAAUUAGAUUUGAUUUGAUGAUA